AUGAACACUGGACUUAAAGUCAGCUAUCCAGUGCAGAGUGGUAAAGGAAUUUGGCAAUAUAAGAUGUUAAUAACUUCGAAAAAUAAGACUUGUUAUUUAGACUGUUGCCACAACUUAGAAUAUCUAAGUUAG